GCCCCUUCGAAACUGGGAGGCUAUCCCUUCUCUUCCUCAGCACGUGCUCGACACUGUCGCUCGCAUCUGUAGCGUGAUGAACGACAGCGACUCGCCCAUCGCCUCGGCUCCGGCUUCGCCCACCGCCUCGCACGCCGCCCUGCCCUCGACGUCCUCUGCGCCAGCAUCUGCGCCGCUGCCCACCAGCACCAACCCUGCAAGUGGGCCGUCUGCGUCGUCCGUUCCUGCGUCUGUGCCGCAGCCUGCCACACCUGCUACGGCCUUUGAUGCGUCCGCCAACGCGCUAGGCAAGAGGCGCGAGCCCGUCUCCGAGAGCGAGGGAAGCGAGGAGAAUCCUUCCGUGAAGAUGUCAGAGGUUCCUGAGGCGGACGCGCGCGCCCUCGUUGAGCACAAGAGUACCUUCGACGGAGGCCACUUCGAGCAUGCCCGCCAGCACCCGGAGGGCGUGACAGAGGAGCACUGGGACUUCUGGAAGGCCAAUGUCCCGCCGAAGGCGCCCUAA